ACCACGUGCGCAGUGUGAACGCUAGGAAGGUGUAGCUUUCACUUCCUGAAGUGGAUGCGUUAAAUAUCCUCUCAUUACCGUAUUCUCCUGUAGGCGGUGGUCACACCAAAGGUUGACUGAAAAAGAUAUACUCAACAGGUGGCUGGACUCGCUUGAACGCUUCCUCUCUGGCUCUAUCAUGUGUGAUCUUGGGCAAGAUGGUAACUUUGAGACGGAUCACUUGGAUGAUUUUUCCCGGAUGAAUAGCCGCCUGGAUUCAUUCCGUGGCUCUGGGCUGGCCUCGCAGAUGUCAGCAGAAAGAUUGGCCCGGGCGGGCUUCUACUUCACUGGCCAAGCUGAUCGUGUCCGCUGUUUCAGCUGCCAGAAGACUGUGGAGAACUGGUGCAGGGAAGACACACCUGUAGAGAGGCAUAAAGAGGUUUCACCAUCAUGCAAGUUUCUUAGCUGCACUCACCGCCCCAGUUUCGGCCCAAGUUCUGAUACCAGCCUAAAUAACGGUUUAACCUACAAUGAAGAAGCUGAGGACAUGGAAUAUCGUUUGAGAACAGGAGAGGUGGUCGAUGAAACUACUUAUCCAAUGGCCCCUCACAUGAAGAGUGAGGAAGUACGGCUUCAAACUUACUCUUCUUGGCCCCCCACAGCUCCUGUGAGAUCUCGAGAUCUGGCCGAAGCCGGGCUCUACUACUUAGGAGAGCUAGACAGAGUGCAGUGCUUCUGCUGUGGUGGCAUGCUGGGAGGUUGGGAAACAGGGGACACCGCCUGGGGGGAACACACCACCCAUUUCCCCUACUGCUUCUUCAUCCUCGGGCAUGAUGUGGGCAACGUCCCAUUUCAGGGAGUGAUGGAGGAGGAGGGCAGCAGUAGACAACAAGCAAACAAUCAUGUUCCGAUGGGCAGUUUUGACGAAAGGCUUGGCAGCUUUGCUGGAGUUCAGCACCCUAUAGACCAUGAGAGGCUUGCCAGAGCUGGCUUCUACAGCACAGGUUCAGGAGACCAGGUGUUAUGUUUCUGCUGUGGUGGAGGUUUAAAAGGCUGGCAGCCUGAGGAAGACCCUUGGGAAGAACAUGCCAAAUACUACCCUGGAUGCAGUUUCCUGUUAGCAGAAAAGGGACAAGAAUUUGUCAACAGCAUCCAGCUACAAGACCCACGACGAAACGGAGCUGCUUCAAGUCAUCAGAAUGGAUUUUCGGGAGAUAGGAAUGAGGUGCUGCACUCCGCCAUGGCUCAGAGAGCCAUAGGGAUGGGUCUAGAGCCCAGUGUGGUGGAAAAGGUGAUUUUGGAGAAAAUCAGUCUCACAGGUUUGGGCUACUCCAGCCUGGAAGAACUUCUGGAGGAUUGUCAUAAUAAAACACAAGACAGCGAUCCUGCAAAAUCACAGGAGCAAGAUGAGGACCCACUUGAGAAACUACGGAAGCUGCAGAUGGAGAAACAGUGCAAAAUAUGUAUGGACAGAGAUAUUUGUAUUGUCCUCAUUCCAUGUGGUCAUCUGGUCACCUGUAAGGAGUGUUCAGUGUCACUCAUAAAGUGUCCGAUCUGCUGCGGGGCCAUUACACAGAAGAUCAAAACCUAUAUCGCUUAAGGGAACCACAGACUCUUGCCCCAUGCCAAUGCUGCUUUCUCACUAUCUAUAUCCUAUCUUAUUUUGAUUAUAAAUGUAGAUAACCUGUAAAAUAACAGUAUAAUAUAUAUAUAGACCAUGUUGUUUUUAGAGUGUCACAAGAAAACACUAUUUUCACAAUCACUCAGAUUCUAAGUUGCUGUUAAUAAUGAUGAUAUGAUAUAUAAAUAGUGGAUGUUGAUUUUCUUGGCCAUCAAUGAUUAGUGCCACUUGUAAAUUCAGACUAAAUGAAAGCAUCUGUUUGAAAACUCUCUUGCCAGAGGUGCCUUAUCCUAGAUGUAUGUAUUUGUGUCUAAUUUGUCUUUUUUGUUUUUAACGUUAAAUAUUUAAUUGAUGUGGACAUGGGGUGUAAAAUCAGUCAGUAACCAACACAUCUUGUCUGCUGUUCAUAAUGUUUAAGACUGUAUUUUAUCAUUGUUUGUUUUUCUGUAGAGGAAAGAAGGUAGACUUUGCUUUGUAACUAUCAAAAUCAACUCUGGUUAGAGGUCUGCAGAAAAAUCUUUGUGUUGUGAAAUAAUUUUACCAUUCCAUCAAUAAAUAAGAUGUCAUCAGUUGUGAAUAAA